AUGAGAAAUAUUCAUCCAAUACGAACAUAUUUUCAUGAUAAUUCUCUUAAAACAAGAAUUAUUUGUAAUCGUUGUAAUGCAUCUUAUCCAAUCGAUACUAAUUUAACAAAUCUCAAAAACCAUUUUUUCAAACAUCAUAGAACAGAAUAUGAUUUAGCAAUAAACGAAUAUGAAAAAAAUAAAAAAGAAAUUCAAAAAACUAAUCUUUUAUCAAAAAUACCUAAUGCAACAAAUAUUAUAUCUGCAAAACAUAUUUUAGAUAAUACUGAUUAUGAAAUUGAAGAAACUGAAGAAAUUGAAAGUGAAGGAAGUCAAAUUAAAAUUGAUAAAGAUAUUAUUUUGAUUACUGGAAAAUGUAAAAUUUUUUUCAAAUUAUAA